AUGCAACCUGCAAUGGUGUAUGCAUUGUAAUAUCAUCUGAUCAACACAAAUUGUACCAGAUCUACAUCAUUGUAUUACAAAUUAACACCCACUCUGUCCCCGCAUCGUUGAUCAGUGGUAUUUGGUUUGCUUUAUUGGGUGAAAACCAGGAAAAAGUAAAACCAAACAGGAUGUCGGCUUCAGAAGAUUUUGACGAAAUUUCCGGAGAUCGCCCAGAUAAAAUAAAAAAUUCCAAUACAAUUGAAGCAUUGACAGAGAUUGAGAACACAAGCGGAGAUUCAAUGAAGGGCACCUUUGACGAAAAUGAUCUUCGAGAUUUACAGGUUUUGUUAGACCAGCCACAAAAACAUGUUACUCCUUUUGAAACAUACAUUAGUUACCAAAUCUCCACAAAAACACGGAGGAUUGAAUUUGAAAAGCAAAACUAUGUAGUUCGCCGUCGUUAUUCAGACUUUGAAUGGCUAAAGAACCAGCUUUCAGUGUGUUAUCCAACACUUAUAAUUCCUCCACUUCCAGAAAAGCAUUCGUUGUUUGAGCAAAUCGACAGAUACGACCGCGAUUUCAUUACCUCAAGAAUGCUGCUUCUGCACAGAUUCCUAAAUCGUCUUGCUGAUCAUCCCGUUUUGAGCUGUGACAAAAAAUACCAAGCAUUCCUGAUUGACACUCCUGUGGAAUUUUCUACAUUCAAGAAGUCAUUUACUGGUUUUGGGCUUUUUGGUAAAGUGAGUGAAUCCCUGCAAAAUAUGGCAUCGUCUUAUAUAUCGAAGAGUAGAACCGUCGAAUUUGAAAAGAUGAGUGAAUAUGUUGACAAGUUGUCAGAGAAGAUACACACUAUGGAGAAAAUUGGCCAGAGAAUCCAGAAAGAGCGUAUAGCCUACCUGCAGGAUUUACAAAUGAUGCAACCUAUUCUUAACCACUGGCGAGCUUAUGAACCUAACUUGUCCGAAGGACUGCAGGCCAUUGGGGAAGCCUCCAACACCUGUGCUGAAUCUCGGCGCAAAUUAGUUGACAGUCAGAAGCCAAAUCUCUCCGUGCCUUUGCACGAGUAUGGACUGUACAUUGAAUCCGCCAAAGAUGCCCUGAGAAAUCGCGACAACGCCCAAAUGGAUUACGAAGUCCACAUGGAACAACUUUGCCGCGUGAAAGCCGAACAAACUCAACUCGAAACAGCACCGCUCAGCGACCACCCGGUUAUGUUUGGUAUGAAUAUGUGGAAAAGUCCGGAGCAAGUUCAGCAGCAACGAAUGCAGCAACUUGAGGCUGGUGCAAGUACCCUAGCUCAGCAAGUAGAGGUUAGCCGGGAUAAAAUGGAAUGUGCCAACGAAAAUUUGCGUGCAGAUUUUGAGCGCUGGAACCAAAUUAAAUCUCGCGAUCUGAAGAAUAUAUUACAACGAAUGGCCGACCUGCACAUCAAUAUGUAUGAACAGUCACUAGCAGCUUGGUCCGCUGCUUUGCCUACAGUAAAGAACGAAUCUCAGCCCCAGACAUAAUUGUCUGCCUUAAUAAUCGUUUGUUUUCUUUAUGUCGUGGCUUAUCCCAAGUUUUUUCUAAUGAAAAAUAUUAUAUAGAGUCAAAUAUCA